AUGGCGCUUAACGACAAAACCACCCCUGAUAUUCUCCUUCCUUCAACUCAUAUCUGGAGAUACGAUAAGAAGAUCGGUUCCGGCAGCGAGGGAACAGUCCAUCUCUGGAACCACUUGGACACCACUACCCAGAAGAUCGUCUCUCGGAUUGUGAUAAAGAAUCUCUUGACUACAGAUGCACACAUCAUCCCCAAUGGCCCAGCAAAAGGCCGACUGCUACAGGCCUAUAUUGCACAAAAGCUUGCACCCAGGGGAGCAACAGAGGCAUAUACCGUCCCCACUCUCGGGGUCAGAAAAUUAACCAAGUGGGAAAAUGCAUGGAGGACCUAUCACCCAUACUACAGUGCAGGACAUCUAGACAACCUCGUACACAUCAACACUCGAUCACGAAACUCCAAAUUUUUGCCAGAGCCAUUUAUCUGGUUCCUCUUGCAUCGAAUGAUGAAAGCUGCAGUCGCCAUGGACGAGACUCUGCAUAUGGGUUCCGCAGCAGGCCCCUGUAUAAUUCACAACGACAUCAAAUCCGAAAACAUUCUUUUCGGCCACCCAGGGUCACUAGGAAAAGAUACGGAUUACAUCAUGUACCCGCCGGCUUAUCUCGCAGAUUUCGGAAUGUCAUACUUGACUUCCGAUGAUGAGAGUUGGAGAAACAAGAUUAGAGGGACUGUGGGAUGA